GUAGGCUUUAGAAAGCGGUUGUUUUGAAAUUUGCUUUUAGUUUAAGGAUUAAAAUGUAAAUUUUGGUGUAGUUACUUGUCAAAAUUUGCUCUGUCUAUUGUAGAUAUCAACUGAUAUUAGGUGGAAACAUUGUAUUAAAGCAAAAUGAGCAUUGCAUCGCUACGAGAGCGAUUGCAAAAUAUUUCUAAGAAAACAACAGAGGAAAACACAUUUGACAUAACAGAUCCUAAGAAAUGGAUGAAAGGCGAGGAACCCGAGGACUGGCUGGAGUUCAUAGAACACGUGAGGGACAAUGUCGUCUUCACCAGCAAGGCUGCGAAGCAUGAGUGCCUGUCAGAUCUCUGCUCUAAGGCAUUAGUAAAGGCACUCGACUCAAGUAAAUACCGAAACAAUGAGGCGUAUGCUGUGCUGUUUGUGGUCUAUGGCAGAUGCAAAAGUACCUUUAUGCCAGAUGAUGCCGUCAUGAUAUUCAACCAAGCGAGAGUGAUCAGUCGGAAGUUCGCCAUUGUACAUUGUGCAUCAGCUCAACUGGAGCUUGAACGAGGCAACCGAGAUCGUGCCAAGAAGAUCCUGGAGAAGGCUUUGUUGUUUGACGUGAAGCCUCGGGAGGAUGUAGAGGUUGCCCUGCGCAAGUUGAGGCAGGGGGAGACAAACAUCUUUACAUCACCAACUAGUCGACAGAGAAACCACAGUGGCCAGGCUUCCAGUACAGGUUCGAGGAAAGGGUCUGGCAGUGAUGUUUCAUGCGAACUGACAGAUAACAUCUCAGCAAACCUGUCAUCUAACGUUAGCUUUAGUAUGUGCACCUCAUCGAAGAACUCCCAGUCACAAAAGCCAGAGCCACCUUCAUCGGCUAUAAAGCCAGCCCAGUCCCUGCCAGAACCACCAUCAUCUUCUAUAAAGCCAGCACAGUCCCUACCAGAACCACCUUCAUCUACUAUAAAGCCAGCCCAAUCUCUGCCUGCAGUUAACUUGGCUCCCUUUCAAAGGCCAAAUAUUCAAACAGAAUCUGCAAAUAAUCCAGUCCCUGGGCAUAACAGACAAAUGGCUGAUUUGCCUAUUAAUGUUGAUAUGGUCAGUGUGGACGAUAAGUUGUCGCCAGAGGCUAUGUCAACUACAAGCUCUAGUAACCUGUCUGGAUCCACCACCAAACCAGGAGCAGGGAGAUUGACUUUUGAUGGUGGACAGUCGAUAUCCAAGCAGCCAAGCAGGUUGCCGCUGGACAGCUCCGUGCACAAACAUGGUCUGAGAACAUUUAGGAGCACACCGCUGUUAGGCAGUGAAAGAAGGCGUCCGUGUACUGCUCCACCAGGUCGGGUGAAGAUGAUUAACAAGCCGUUUGAGCCGAUGAAUGUGCAGGAAGAGGAGGAGGAAACCAUGAACACGAUGGACAGCUUCAAACCUCUCGACAAGUCAACUGCUGGCUUCAACGCUCACCACACUUCAGGCUACCUGUCCAUGGUGUCGGAUUCCACCAUCCCCAUGGAAACCAAAACUUUUGAUAAACCUAAGAUGGAGCCUGUGGUUGAGAGAGAGGAGGUUUCCCCGCCCCAGCCCCCAGCAGCCCCUGUGGUGACCCCCAGUGACCCUUGCCCUGCCAUCCAAGCCCCUCCAGUUCCAACCCCUGCCCCUAUACCUGUCAGAAGUGGAGGGCUAGAGGUGCCCCAGACACCCAAGAACACCAUCAUCCCUCCCACAACGCCACUUUCGAACAUGAACAUCCUCACAGUGAAUGAUGUGCAGUAUGCGGUGUUGUCUGUACUGGGAAAGGGAGGUUCCAGCAAGGUGUUUCAAGCUUUUGACGACCAGACGAAAAAAAUCCGAGCUAUAAAAGAAGUCAAUUUGGAUAACGCCAACAGUGCUGUUGUUGAGGGUUACAAGAAUGAGAUCGCUCUUCUUAAACGCCUACAAUACUGUGAUAAAGUCAUCAAGAUGUAUGACAGUGAGUACAAGAAGGAGAUAAACAAGCUGUAUGUGGUGAUGGAGGCUGGUAGUGAGGACCUUGCCACAUUUUUCCACCGUGAGACCCAGAACCGCAAGCCCCUAUCUGACAGUGUCACAUGGUUCUACUGGGAACGUAUGCUGCUGGCCGUGCAGGCACUCCACAGGGAGGGUAUAAUUCACUCUGAUCUGAAGCCAGCCAACUUCCUGCUGGUGGGAGGUAACCUUAAGUUGAUAGAUUUUGGCAUCGCAAAAGCCCUUCAACAGGACAAGACCAGUGUGAUUCUUGAGACUCAGAUCGGAACCAUCAACUUCAUGAGUCCCGAGACCAUCAUGCAACAACAGGGCGAGGGAAGGCCCAAGUUCAAGAUUGGUGUGAGGAGUGAUGUGUGGUCCCUGGGGUGUAUCCUGUACAACAUGGUGUACGGACGGACGCCCUUCCAGCACAUCCGUAACGACCUGUUCAAACUACAGGCCAUCAUCAACCCGGACCUGCCCAUAGACUUCCCUGACAUUCCCAACAAAAACCUCCUCGAUGUUAUGAAGAGAUGUCUACAAAGAGAUCCUAAACUCCGGCCGUCCAUAGAUGAACUCUUGGACCAUCCUUACCUGAAAUCAAACCAGGAGGCAGAUCAGGUGACCCCACCAAAGGCAGAGAAGAUGAACAAGCGCAUGGAGGCUCUUGUCAGUACACUGGCUAGUCAGUUUGCCUGCUCACCAGGAGGACUCCGCAACCUCAUACACGCAACUAUAGACAAUGAACAGGAGAGUAUUCCACCAGGCUUAGAGAAGGUUCCUCAAGCUCGAGCACCCACGGCAAUGGGGAAACACAUAUCCUCUGCCCAGUACAGUAGUAACCCCGCUCCACAGGUGAAGAAGUUGAGAACCCCACUCACCAGUCUCAAUGUUGACUUUAAACACCCCACAUAACCAGGCCAGAAGCCUUUCUGAUGAUGAAGCAUUAUGUUACAUUCAUGUUUUUUCACAAUGUGGAAGUGUUCUGUAGCAUUAAGAAGAAGUGAUAUCUUUUAUGUGUGUGUUGGAUCCAGAUGCUAUUGCAGUCCACUCUGGAAGUUCCAAGACAUUCUGUGCAAGAAAUUUACUCUGACGGAUGUGGGCAUUUAUAUAGAAAUAACGGAUAUAUAUUGCAAAAAGGCCGUGAAAAGUGUUGAAAUUUCGCUUCUUUGCUUCUGGACAGUGCAAUUUACACAACUAAAGGAUUGUUUAAAUUUUUUAACAAUAGAAGCAUAAUAGAUGACUUCUUAGAUUGUUUCUGGCUUUGCAUGGCAAAAUAAAGCAUCUAAUACAUGCAUUACCCGAAUUGGCAUUAUCAAUGUCCAUGUAUUUACAAUUGUUGUUAUUUUAAAGAUAUUCAACAUGUACGCAAAAUGUUGAUAAAUAUUUAGAACAACGAAACAGUGAAAAUCAGUGACUUUGAUUGUAAGCAUGAAAUGCUAUUUUAUACAAAGCAGCUAGAUGGUGUAUAGUCGCUAUAUAGCAUGAAUGAGUUAGCUACAUGACCAUAUUUACAUUUCCCUAGUCUUUUCUAUAGAGAAAAAGUGACUUUCAUUUUGCAUGAACAGCUUUGCAUUAUGAUGUCAUUGUUUAUUUCACUCUGAUUUGACAAGUGCGACACCAUUUGAUAUACAGCAAACAAUGUUUUUGAAUUUCAGCCAUUUGUUUCCACAGACAUUAAAUGGACGUUACAGAUUUCUCUCCUUAAUUUUAACUGAAAUAAUUUACAUCAGACUUUAAAACAAACAAAAAAGAAGAAAAAAGGGGAGUAAUUUAAAUAGAAAGAAUAAAAUCAUAUUGUUUUGUGUUCAUGCAGUAUUAACACUCCGGUGUUAUUUAUAACUGCCUAGAUGGUAUAACACCCUUCAUGGUUUUGUGUAAAUGCACCUGAGGGCUCAUACUGCAUGGACAUCUUGUGCUUACUUAAAGGUAAGGGUAAGGGCUCUAUGGGCAAUAUAGGUCACAUGAUAAUGAAACAGCAUAGGUUAUUGAGUGUAUUGUUAUUACUUACUAGAAAAGCUUGUAGUCAAUAAAACGGCUAAUUGUUUACAUAGUGUUGCCUAGCAGUAUAGUAAACACAUGGCCAUGUGGACGGCUAAUGUUUUUGUAGUACUACUGUGCUUCAACACAAAGGUUAUUUCAUGUAUAAUCUGAACUAAUUUAACUCAUCUGUCUCCACUUUAUCUUUGGAUCUUAACCACUCUGUCAUCCCUCUGUUUUUCUCUCAGCUCAGCUUUUACUACCCACUUACAGAGUUUAAACGAUUAAUUAUUCAUUAUUUUAUAUUUGAUUAUGUGUAUAGAAUAUAUAUAUAUAUAUAUAUAUUAUAGAUUGUUCAUGAUUCAUUCUGUAUAUAUGUAAGCUUGUGUGAGUGGAGAUUUUUCUACAUGUAUUGAUUAAUUUCAAUGUCGUAAGAGUUAUUUCAAUAAAACCAAUGUCAAUCUUAUGCCUUAUUGUGCUUAUU